CUGGGCCUUAGGUCUCAAUUGGUGGUUCGAUUCCCGUGGUCACGUGCGCCAGUAUAUUACUUACAUGAGAGAUCUUCGACCUCAACCUAUGUCAGAUAUACUUUCUUUACACAUUCAUCAAAUCCAUCAUAAUGUCUCAAUCGGAACAACCGAGCCAUAGCUCAACUCCCAGGUCUUUUACAAGCCAAACAGUUUCUGCGGAAGAGCUUCUCAAGUCACAGACGGUCGGCCUAGUCCAUCUUUCGGAUUUUCGCAAGCGUCGCGCAGAGGUCCUCGAACAGAAGGAACGAGAAGCACAUGAUAAGUCUCUGGGAAGGUUCGCUUCUGGUAACUCGAGAAGCGCGACUCCAUCAGGCGGCGAUGUAACGGACAGUGCAUCGACACGAAGCGAAGGUCCCCCGAAAAAGAAGAAGAAGAAGCCGCUUGCGAAGAGUAAACUCUCAUUUGGUGAUGAUGAGGAGGGCGAGAAUACUGGAGAAGAGUCCGCGGCCAGUAUACCACGAUCAUCCUCAAGAACGCCGGUGGAUAGCGGCUCUUUACCGGCGUCACGUCGCAUCACGCCAAACCCAAAUGCUCCUCCUCCACCCAAAGCAAUGACAAAAGCUGCACUGAAGGCGGAAGCGGAAGCGCGAGAUGCCUUGCGUAAGGAAUUUUUGGCGAUGCAGGACACCGUCAAGAACACAGAGAUACUGAUUCCAUUUAUCUUUUAUGACGGAACCAAUAUCCCGGCGGGAACGGUUAAGGUCAAAAAAGGUGAUCCCGUUUGGUUAUUUUUAGACCGAUGUCGAAAGGUGGGCGCGGAGCUGGGAGUCGGCGGCAACAGCGGUGCGUCAAAGGGACGGAAAGAUAAUCGUCGCGAAUGGGCAAGGGUUAGCGUCGAUGAUCUGAUGCUAGUGAAGGGGGAUAUAAUCAUUCCACAUCAUUACGAGCUCUACUAUUUCAUUGCCAAUCGUGUACCCAGCUUUUCAAGUGCUGGAGGAUUGUUGUUCGACUAUUCCGACAAGCCUCCUGCAACGGCUCCUACCAAUGAUGAUCUUCUAUCCAGGCCCAAUAACGAUCAACUCGAGGGUGCCGAUAAAGACCCUACACUGACAAAGGUCGUGGAUAGACGGUGGUAUGAACGAAAUAAGCAUAUUUACCCCGCCAGUUUAUGGCGAGAAUACGAGCCAGGGCCAGAAUUUGAGGAGAAAAUGCGCACAACACGGCGUGACGCUUCCGGAAAUACCUUUUUUUUCUGAUUAAAUAUAAAAUUGAAAGAUGAAUAGAAUGCUAUAGAGGGCGCGUUAAUCGGUGGAUUUUGUAUAUUAAGAUACCCAACAAAUGCGAGAUAUUACAAAG